GGUGAAGCAGACAAGUAGUGACAGGUUAAUUGCAAAUUUGGUCUUCCCAAUUUUCUCCCUUGGGCUAUGAGGAUUGAUAUUGAAUCCAAGAAUUUACACGACCAGUUUCACCAAAAGAACUUCGACGUCCAGCCACUGCGUCGCGGGAAACUUCAACUGAACGAGACUCCGUGGAUCCCAUCCCACAUUUACAUCAUAAAACCGUCUCACGUGGCUGUACUUUCCGAGGAAGUUAUAGCCAAUCAUAAUUUUCCACGUGGUACAUUGAACCAACACGUCAAGUUGUUUUCCGGAUCACGUCGCAAAUCGCAAUCCAACUGGACACAGGCAUUGGAUCUGGACACGGCCGAUCGCGCUGGCAACACAGGGGGGAGAGAAGUUUUCAGGUGGAGGCAGGAGGCUGGAGAGGAGAGGUGUAAUCGAGUUAGUUACUUCCACCCUCCGUAAUCGUCGUUUGUUUUCCUGUCAAUAUACCGGUUUAUGAUUUUAAACAGAAUUCUGGUGAUGAUUUUCAAACUUUUCCCGAUUUGGUUGCAGGGGAAUUUCAAAUAGAUUUUGCGGCGUGUGCAGCGGCAAAUCUCCUAUUUGUUCCUCUGACGAUUCUCCCUCCUCCCGGAGGAAGAAGACCAAGCGGUGACAGAUUUUAUUGGUAUUUGGUAGAGAAUGCAGUUGCAGGACAGGAAGCUGUCGUCUCGGCUGAAAAAACUCUGGACCGGAGUGGCUGCGCGCCUUUGGCUCCGUAAGAGCGGUAAGUCUCAAUUGCCUUGUUAUUAAACCUUUCACUCUCCGUCUAUCUACCGUCGCCGAGUUGAUUGCAUUAUUGUCGGGUAGAAAUUGAUGUAAUGCCUAAGUGAAAUCCUGAUUUCACGUUUGUUUUCUUGUGUUUUCAGUUUAAUAUUUUUCAAGUGAAACGAUGACUUGAUUGAUUCUGAUUUCUGAAAUUUGUUGUCCUCAUUAUCAAGAUUCAGUUAUCAGAUCUUUUGCACUUGCGACUGAAUUUACAGAUCUUUUUGUAUUGAUUAAUUUUAUGUGCAUUAUUUUAGGUGCCAUAUCAGAAUUUACAGAUCACUGCUCUUCCACAAACUUAUUUUUACCAUAAAUAACACUCUGAUCUGUUUGUUAAUAUAUAUAUGGGAUGAUUAGCUGAGAUUUUUAGCAGGCUUAACCGGAGCCUUAUAUUUUAAUUGAGAAUUCAUUGUUUCCUAUGAGAAGGAAGGUAGAAAUGCAACAGGGCUAACUACUGCCAUGGAGCCACUGGGGAAUCAUCUGUUAGUUGUUGUGGAUAGCAGUGGCACUGUAGUCUGUAUCUAUGUUGCUUUCAAAAAGAACAGCUAUUGGCUACAUAAACAUUUUACUGACCCUCAUUUCAAAGAAUGUUAGAUUUAGUUAGUUUUACCAUGUCCUGAAAUUACUUUCUGAUAAUGAAUAGGAAAGUUCAUU